AUGUCGGACGACUCAGCCAACAGACAUUUUCGCGAACAGGUUCGCUCUUGGGGCAGCACCAACAAGCCCAAUGGCCGCGAUGGCGAGGUAGACGAGCAGUCGCCUCUUCUCAACGGCAACCAUUCCGGUCACCACGACCACAACGGCAACGGCAACGGCCUUGUCGACGACCAGCACCACGGCAAUAAGACCCUCAAGUUCCUUUUCGACACGAGGCAUACUCCGGGUAUCGACAGUGACAACGUCGCCGUGAGGUAUUCUUCUCAUACCUGGCACGUCGCUAAGGUUACCCUCCUCAGCAACUAUGUCAACUUUCUUCUUGUCAUGGUGCCUAUCGGCAUCAUCGCCGGCGAGGCCAACUGGAGCCCGACAGCUGUCUUCACAAUCAACUUCUUCGCCAUCAUUCCACUUGCCGCCGUCUUGUCCUUCGCGACCGAACAGAUCUCGAUGAAGUUGGGAGAAGCGCUGGGAGGACUGCUGAACGCCACUUUUGGUAACGCCGUCGAACUUAUCGUCAGCAUAGUUGCCUUGAGGGAUGGACAAAUUCAGGUUGUCCAAUCGUCCAUGCUGGGUUCGAUUCUGUCCAACUUGCUCUUGGUCAUGGGCAUGUGCUUCUUCUUCGGCGGCAUUGUCAACAUGCGCGACAGAGUUACGGGCCAGGGCAUGGAACAGAGCUUCGCCUCCGCUACGGCGCAGACCACUUGCUCGCUGAUGACCCUGUCGUCGGCAUCGCUCGUCAUCCCUGCUACGCUCUACUCAGCGCUCUCCAAGGCCGACUCGGAGGAUAAGGAACAUAGCAUUUUGGUGCUUUCCCGCGGCACUGCCAUCAUCCUUCUGCUGCUGUACGUUAUGUACCUUUGGUUCCAGCUCCGCACCCACCCCAACCUUUUCGACGCCGAGACUCAGCACCACAACGAGGAGGAGGCCGAGGAGCCUGUCAUGGGACCUAUUGCUGCCGGCAUUGUCCUCGUUGUCACCACUGUGUUGGUUGCCAUCUGCGCCGACUACCUCGUUGGAAGCAUCGACCCUCUCGUCGAGACCGCGCACAUCAGCAAGAACUUCAUCGGUUUGAUUCUCAUUCCCAUUGUCGGCAAUGCGGCAGAGCACGUCACCGCAGUGGUCGUUGCCAUCCGCAACAAGAUGGACCUCGCCAUGGGUGUUGCUAUCGGCUCUAGCAUCCAAAUCGCUCUUCUUGUCACCCCUUUCCUUGUCGUUCUCGGAUGGGCUGUCCUCGACCAGCCCAUGACUCUUCGCUUCGAGACUUUCGAAACCGUCGCCUUCGCAUUCUCCGUGUUGGUUGUUACGUACACCGUGCAGGACGGCAAGUCCAACUAUCUGGAAGGAGCCAUGUUGCUCGGCCUCUACAUCAUCAUCGCAUUGGCCUUCUACGUCAGCCCUAGCGACGCUCUGGACAAGGCUUUUAACACAGUCAUGGGUUGA